AUGAGCGCUCUCAUCCAGAUGCGUGAUUCAAAAGGUAAAUUCAUACAAGCUCGUGUUUUACUUGAUACCUGUGCAACAGCUAAUUUUAUUACUGAGAAUUUAACCAAUAAAUUAAAACUUCCAAUGCAAAAUUGUUCUAUUCCAAUCGGAGCUGUUAAUGGAAUGCAAACUUUCUCUAAACAUCUUGUUCAAGUAACUUGUAAAUCUUUAAAUGAUAAAUUCCAGAGAUCACUAUCUUUUUUAACUGUUAACGGAAUUACUGAAUUGAGUCCUAAUGAAACCUUUCCACGUGAGAAAAUACAUAUACCAAAAAAUAUAAUACUUGCUGAUCCACAAUUUCACAUUCCAAGACCCGUAGACGUCCUUAUCGGUUCAGGUACUACUCUUUCACUUCAAUCAGUUGGACAGAUUAAUUGCUCACAAGCUGACUGUGAUUUAAUACUACAAAAAACGCAACUGGGAUGGGUUGUAGCGGGGGGAGUCAACGACGACCAAAACAUACUACCUGUGACUUGUCAACUAACUGACCUAUCAAGUCAAUUAACUAAGUUUUGGACAAUUGAAGAUGUGGGCUCUAAAGAUUCACGAUCUUUAGACGACUCUACAUGUGAGAAUCAUUACCAACAAACGACUACACGGGAUGUAGACGGACGAUAUAUAGUAAAACUACCUUUCCGGGUCGACAACGUUGACUUUGGAAAUUCUAAAAAUCAAGCUUAUAAAAGAUUUCUAUCCUUACAGAGGAGAUUAAAUUCUGAUUCACAAUUAAAAAUCGAAUAUAACAAAGUCAUGCAAGAAUACAUCGACCUUGGUCACAUGGUACACGUACCGGAUAACAAAACACCAGGAUAUUAUAUGCCUCAUCACCCGAUAAUUAAAACAUCUAGUACUACCACCAAAGUACGCGUUGUAUUUGACGCCUCAGCCAAAACCGAUAAAAGUAUCUCCCUGAAUGAAGUCCUGUUAACGGGGCCUACUAUCCAAGACAAUCUCUUUACUAUUCUUUUACGUUUCCGUACUUUCAUCUACGCUAUGACUUCUGACAUUGCGCAGAUGUACCGACAGAUUUGCAUACAUCCAGACCAUCACAAAUUUCAACGAAUUCUUUAUUAUCACAACAACAACAUUAGUACUUUUGAACUCAAACGAGUUACGUUUGGGGUCUUUGCGGCCCCAUUUUUAGCUAUACGCACUGUAAAUCAACUUGCUGACGAAGAAUCACAUAACUUUCCAAUAGCUUCAAAAAUACUUAAACGAGAUCUUUAUGUUGACAAUCUCUUAACUGGAACUAAUUCUUUGACUGAAAUUUUACAGUUACGUGAUGAAAUCAUUCAACUGGUACGAAAGGGGGGUUUUGAACUUAGACAAUGGGCUUCAAAUCAUCAACACGCACUUGACAACUUUGACCAAAGAACUCUGGACUUAGACUGUGCUAUCAACGACGAUCCUAUCUCUAAAACCCUGGGCAUUAACUAUUCUUGGAAAGAACUAUCAGAUAUUGCAAAGAUUUUCGAUCCUAUCGGAAUUCUGGGUCCUAUAGUACUAGCUGCUAAAACUAUCAUUCAAGAAUGUUGGAAAUUAAAGAUUCACUGGGAUGAAGCGGUCCCACAAGAGUUACACCUACGAUGGUGUAAGUUUGCUGAACAAUUACCUAUCAUCAAAGACUUUUCAAUUGAACGUAAUAUAUUACUUCCUAAUGCAACUGACAUACAGCUGCACGGAUUUUGUGAUGCUAGUAAGGUGGGCUACGGUGCUUGCAUAUAUGUUAGAUCAAUGAACAAACAAGGGCACGUAAUCGUGAGGUUAGCUUGUUCCAAAUCCCGAGUUGCUCCCAUUAAAGAUGUUACAAUUCCAAAAUUAGAAUUAUGUGGAGCAUUAUUACUUGCUAAAUUAUAUAAAGAUACACUUCCUUCUUUUAAUUUUGAUAUUUCUAAAAAUAUAUUCUGGUCCGAUUCAACUAUUGUACUUCAAUGA